GUGGAUAUAUAGGCUUGUGCAUCGGCACUGCAUGCAACACAACCAAGAGUUGGUCUUCAAGUUGAGAGAAGUCAACUUAGGCGUUUCAUAUAAAGCUAUAUAUAUUUUUUGGCCCGUUGAUUAACACGAAAGGGAACCAUGGUUAUGUUGAAGAUUUCUGCUUUCCUUGUUGCUUAUGCCCUGGUCAUUUGCCAGAUGUACAGCUCACAAGCAGCCCCCUCCAGACCGGGCAUGGAGUCCAUGACAGACCGAGUCACCCUUACGGACUACGAGGCAAGGAGGUUACUCAACGCCAUAGUCAAGGAGUUUGUGCAGAUGACAGCGGAAGAGCUGGAGCAGCAAGAGAAUGAAGGCAACGAAGGCAAUAGCAGCGUUACAGCACAGAAGCGAGCCUGCAACACGGCCACCUGCGUGACUCAUCGCCUGGCAGACUUCCUGAGCCGGUCGGGGGGCAUGGGCAACAGUAACUUUGUCCCCACCAAUGUGGGCUCCAAGGCUUUCGGCCGGCGGAGGAGAAACACCCAGAUGUGAACAUUCCGACAACCUUCAGGGAUACGAGGUUGAUCCUUCUUAACGCGAUGACAUCAGAACAUAUCUGGGGGGAAACAACAAAACAAACAAAGAGAAAGAACACACUGGCCCCUUCAUCCACUCCCCCACAUCCACAGAAAUAAACCCCUUCCGAUAUUAGGACUCCUCCUCUCAAUACCAUAAUGUUAUGAAACUUUCAUUUAGCUUUUGGCAAACCAGAGAAAAAAAAGGGGGAGAAUGACAGCAACCUCCAUUAUGUACAUUGACAGCUGAAUCCCCAAAUCCCAAAGAAAAUUUCCAGAUUCCUUUUUUAAUUUUUAUUACAUGAAAUUAAUUUAAAAUGAAUUGGAAAAAAGCACCAGUGCUUAUUUAUUAUGAUUUAUUCUGUCUAUAGAGCACAUUUGUACCAUUCUCCCCGUCACUCAUCCCUCCCUGUCCCCACCGGCACCUGUUUGCUGUGCCGUGCCCUGCAGGGAUCGACAUUAAAGAUCAUCCUUCCCUAGGCUCCCUCACAACGGCUGUGUCUUGUGCCUUGAUGUAAAACACUUUACAUCACAUGACUGUAUAGUAUGUAUCAAGAUUAUAAGAAGACCAUGAAGAGAAUGACACCGGGAAAAAAAAUAUUAAAGAGAUUAAUAUUGUAACAAUUGUGAAUUUCAGCAAGAUUAAAAUGUAUUUUAGAUACA